AUGCCACAGCUACAUUCUAAGGUGGAGGAAAUACCUCCUUCAGAAGACAUGACAGAGCAACAGAGAUAUGGAGUCCUCAGCAGUGAUUCCUUUUCCUCUUCUGAUGAUAAUGAGGAUUUUGAAAUACAGAAGAAGAAGAAAAAUUUUAGGAGCUUUCAGAAGUGUGCCUCAAUAGAAGUUGACAAGAAUACCAUGAAAACUGGAGGAAGUCUGGCUGGCGUGGAACAAAUGCAAAUAGAUGGUUCAGUACAGUUUGAUGGCGUGGGUGGUCUUUCUGACCACAUUUCAUCUUUAAAAGAGAUGGUCAUUUUUCCAUUGCUUUAUCCCGAAAUCUUUGAGAGAUUGAAAAUUGAACCUCCAAGAGGCUGUCUAUUCUAUGGUCCACCGGGGACGGGAAAGACACUGCUUGCUCGUGCACUAGCUAAUGAAUGCAGUCAAGGUGACAUGAGAGUGACCUUUUUUAUGAGAAAAGGUGCUGAGUGCCUGAGUAAAUGGAUAGGAGAAUCUGAACGACAGCUUCGUGUAUUAUUUGAGCAGGCCUACGAGAUGCGACCUUCAAUUAUUUUCUUUGACGAGAUUGAUGCUCUGGCUCCUGUACGGUCCAAUAAACAAGACCAAAUUCAUAGCUCUAUUGUGGGGACACUUCUGUCACUUAUGGAUGGCUUAACCAGCAGAGGAGAGGUUGUGGUGAUAGGAGCCACCAACAGACUGGAUUCUAUAGAUCCUGCUUUGCGAAGACCUGGGCGCUUUGAACGAGAGUUCCGCUUCAGUUUGCCAAACAAAGAGGCGAGAAAAGAAAUUUUCAAAAUUCACACACGAGACUGGAAGCCGAAGCCAUCAGACGACUUACUUGAAGAGCUGGCUGAAGAAUGUGUUGGAUACUGUGGUGCUGAUAUUAAAGCCUUAUGUGCCGAAACUGGUCUCUGUGCUCUGCGGCAUCGCUAUCCUCAGCUAUAUGAAAGCAGACAGAGACUGCAGAUAAACAUGGAUUCAAUUAAAAUAAAAGCAAAUGAUUUUUCUAUGGCCAUGCAGAAGACUGUUCCAGCUUCACGGAGGAUUGUGCCUUCCCCUGGGCAAGCACUAUCAGCUAUUUCAAAGCCACUGUUAGAAGACACACUGGAAAGGAUUUUACAAACCUUGCAGAGAGUAUUUCCCCAUGCUGAACUUGCACUAAAGAAGGACCAACAGCAAGGCUCUUUAAAUUCUGUUUUAGGAAAUUAUGUGAUUGAUAGUGAUGAGGAGUCACCAUCAAUCUCUGAAGAGAAGCUGACUCAUAAAACAUGUGAUCACAAGAAGGCAGAAUUCCGCACUUUCAGCAGAAAUCCUCGUGACCAACCAACAUCUUACAGGCCACGCUUCUUACUAAUUGAAGAGCCAGGAUCUGGGCAAGCUUCUGAUUUGGCAGCUGCAGUAAUACAUUCCCUGGAAAAGUUUCCAAUUUAUACACUAGAUACACCAACUUUGUUUGCUAGCACAUUACCAGAUGAAACAUGUGUACAGUUGAUGCGAGAGGCUCAGAGAUCAGCACCGAGUAUCAUAUAUGUCCCACAAAUCCCUUCAUGGUGGGACACUAUUGGAACUACGCUGAGAUCUGUUUUUACAACCCUACUGCAGAACAUCCCAAGGUUUACUCCAGUUUUAUUCCUUGCAACAUCUAACGUACAACUGAGAGAUCUCCCAGAAGAGAUAAAAGUAUUGUUUAAUAAUGAAUAUGAAGAAGUUUUCAGAAUCCCGCGUCCAACCUGUGCUGAGAGAAGACGUUUUUUUGAGGACUUAGUUAUGAAGCAAGCUGCUCAACCUCCUGCAUUAAAAAACAACACAACUUGUCAGCCUUUGGAAGUGCUGCCUGUAGCACCACCACCUAAGCCUCGAAAGCUGACAGAGGAAGAAAUAAGACAGUUGGAAGAGCAGGAAGAGGAUACAUUGCGUGAACUCAGGAUUUACUUAAGAGAUGUUGCUCAAAGACUUGUCAUUGACAAACGUUUCAAAGCAUUUACAAAGCCCAUUGUCUCAGAGGAGGCAACCAAUUACAAGGACACCAUUAAACAGCCCAUGGACCUCUUGACAGUUCUCUCCAAGAUUGACAUGCACCAGUACUUAACUGCAAGAGAUUUUCUAAAGGACAUUGAUCUAAUCUGUAGCAAUGCUUUAGAAUACAAACCAAAUAAGGGGCUUGCAGAUCAUCUCCUGAGGCACAAAGCUUGUACUUUGAGUGAUACUGCAUAUUCCAUAGUGAGGAAUGAAAUGGAUGAAGGUUUUGAGCAACGCUGCCAAAAAAUUAAAGAAUCUCGUAAGGAAAGAGAUAAGUCAAAAGGAAAAUGCAGAAUGAAGGAAGACUCUUCAAGUAUCUCAGGAAAGAGGAAGAAUGUUCAGUUUAUAUCCUUCCAGGACAGUCCUAUGGAAGAAUAUGAAAAUGUACUUCAAGGACAACAGAAAAAUGGGACAGAAAAUGAAAGUGAGAGAGUGACCCUUGUGGUUAAAUCCCCUGAUGAAGAAAAGAGUUUCAUGCUUCCUGAAUGUUCAGACCUAAGAGAGGAGAGUAAAAUGCCAGGUUGCCAAAUAGCCAGAACUGUUGAAGAUGCAGGUUCAAGUGAUUCACAAGUACAUCAUACAGCUUGUGUGGGACAUUCUCAGGUGGAUGAGCAACUGCGAGUAUGUGAUGGGGAAGCAAAGAAAAUUCACACAGAGGGAGUGUCUGUGGAUUAUUCUGAACUCAGACAAGUGCUGGAUUUGGUCAUUGUGGCAACUGAGAAUGUCAGCAUAUCUCGCAUGGAAAGACUAUAUGCUCUUCUUAGCCAGUGCAUUUACCGACAUCGGGAGGACGAUGACAAAACUGAGUUAGUGAAGGCAAUGAAGAAAGAAAUUGCAACAUUAAGUUAUCUGUGA